ACAUAUCUGGGGUCAAACUGCUGCUCAGGUGUAGUGUACCUGUAGUGACUGAUUGCAUGAAACCAGGCCCUGAAUAGUAGAGGUGACCGGCUGCACCAUAUAGGCCCUGUAUACUCAGUCUAAUUAAAGCGGUGCUGUCGCUGGAGGUGAAUGGAAAACAAGCCGUCUCCUUGACAAGUGUUUCCGUAUACAGUCGCUCAGUGGGUGUAAUGCCAUCACAACACACGGUCAGUCAUCCUGUCUUUUUUUUUUUUUUUUUUUUGCUAGAGGAGGAGUGCUCCUCUCUUUUCCAUAAAAGCACACCUCCUCCUUCCUCUCCUCCUCCUCCUCCUCCUCCUCUUCCUCCAAUAGCUGCAGGCCUCCGUCCUGCGCGCAGCCCCGGUUGGAUAAAACCUGGCAGCUCACACACAACACAACACAACACACCAGCAGACCAGCCUCCUCCAACACAGCCGGGACACACACACACUCACCGUGUAUUACACCACCAGAGAGUCCUCAUCAUCAUCAUUGUGGAUAAUAUCAGAAUAUCUGCUGGGGGACGUUUUUAUUUGCAGCUUCGUCGUUGAAAGCGCGUGGUCGACAGUGCGCUCAGGAGCACACUCAUGCCAGACGAGGCAGGACGGGGAGUAAAAACACUUUAACUGGGACAGCGUGGAGCCGACCGUCACGUUCAGCUGGUGGAGCGAGGACCAAAAACUCAGGGAAAUGUCCAACAACGGAAGAGGUCAUGGGGGUCUUAACCAACUAGGUGGAAUGUUUGUUAAUGGACGUCCACUCCCGGAGGUGAUCCGGCAACGCAUCGUGGACAUGGCCCACCAGGGGGUCCGGCCCUGCGACAUCUCCCGGCAGCUCAGAGUCAGCCACGGCUGCGUCAGCAAGAUCCUGGGACGCUACUACGAGACAGGCAGCAUCAAGCCCGGCGUGAUCGGCGGCUCUAAGCCCAAAGUGGCCACCCCGAAGGUGGUGGAUAAGAUCGCAGAGUACAAGAGGCAGAAUCCCACCAUGUUCGCCUGGGAAAUCAGGGACAGGCUGCUGGCGGAGGGGGUGUGUGACAGCGACACGGUGCCCAGCGUGAGCUCCAUUAACAGAAUAAUUCGAACAAAGGUCCAACAGCCGUUCAAUCUGCCUCUGGAUGGAAAAUGCCUGAGUCCAGGACAAACCUUGAUCCCGAGUUCAGCGGUCACCCCUCCCGAGUCUCCACAGUCUGACUCUCUUGGCUCCACCUACUCCAUCAGCGGCUUGUUGGGGAUCCCCCAACCCAGCGCCGAGGGCAAGAGGAGCCAUGAUGACAGUGAUCAGGAGAGUUGUCGGCACAGCGUGGACUCUCAGGGCAGCGGAGGUGUCCCGAGGAAACAGAUGAGAGUGGAUCACUUCUCCGCAGCCUCGCAACAUCUGGACUGUGGGUUCGAUCGUCACCACUAUCCCCCGGACUCAUUCGGCUCCGCCUCCAGCAGCAAGACGGAGCAGACUUUGUACCCGCUGUCCCUCAUCAAUGGCAGUCUAGACGAGGCCAAGACCAGCCUCUCAACAUCCAGCUCCGCCAUUGGACGGAAUCUGACGGCGCACCAGGGCUACGCCAUGGUGACCGAGCCCCUACAGCCCCUGCCGCUCUGUCUAAAACAGGAAAUGUCCCCAGAAGUGACCAGCACGAGCCCCUCCCCAAACAUGGCGGCGUCCAACAUGGCGUUCGUGGAGCUGCAGGCGCUGCAGAAGCCCAUUUCUGUCAGCAGCAGCUGCAGCCACUCCAACCAUUUCCCCAACGCCUUCAACUCAUUCUCCCAUCAUGCACCGGUGUACGGGCAGUUCAGCAGUCAGUCUAUCAUCUCAGGGCGUGACAUGGUGAGCUCCACCCUGCCGGGUUACCCACCUCACAUCCCCUCCGCUGCCCAGUCAGGGUACUCCUCCUCGGCCAUCACGGGCAUGGUAGCAGCAGGAACAGACUACUCGGGUCAGACCUACAGCCAUUCACCCUACACCUACAGCGAAGCCUGGAGGUUCACCAACUCCAGCAUACUGGGUUCACCCUAUUACUACAGCACGGCCUCCCGCACCGCUCCACCGUCUUCAGCCGCCUACGACCACCUCUAGUACCCCCCCACUGACUCCACCCGGACCAGGACUGGAGGACUCAUCAUCAGCUUGAUUACGGACCAAGGCAUGAAAGUCAAAACUGGAUGUGAACUUGAGACUUUACACUUUUUUUUUUUUUUUUUUUACCACACCUACUCAUGUGUUAUUUAUUUGUCAUUACUGAUACCGUUGCCCAGGGUGACUCAUGCACGUUUACACAUUGCUAAAACUCCUGUUUCCAGAGCCUGACGUCUCACAUUAAGGUGCAUACUUUCAGUAUGGAGCUCUUUAACGCUGUUUGGGCCAAAGACCUUUCUUUUCCUCGCACAUCUGCAACGUGACACCACUGCUCCAGUGAUAUGCAACCCCUUUCUACUGAACUAUGCCUGCUUUUGUUUACAAUUCUUUCUGUCCUAUCAUCACAAAUUGAUUACUUUUUCUUGAUCUGCUUGCAAAUUAAUUUCUAUGACUUGUUUUCACUGUAAAUUCAGAGCAUUUUUCCUGUAGUGAAAAGGGUGACACAUUCAAUCACAAUUACAACAAAAUGCCCACAUAUGCCCCUCAAAGACAAUUAAUGUAUUUGUCUAGCAAUAUGUACAUAUUGUAAAUGAUUAAUUACUGAAUGGGGAAGUGAUGCAAUUUGACUCAGAGAAGAUGAUGAGGGAGGGGGAUGAUGGUGAUUUGGCUACAAAAACCAACAAGGCUUGAAAUACAUUUGUUUUGCUUCAGAUAAAUUUAGUUUGUUGUCAUGCUGAUGUUCUGAUGUUUGGUAAGAACUGUGACUAUUUUUUCUUAUACUGUUAUUAAUAUUAUUGCAGAUGUAAAUAAUGAAUUUCUAAAGAAUUAUUUUAAUUAAAGCAUGACAAAUUUACUGUUGUUUUUACUGUUGUCUUUUUUUAAAGGGUGUCUUUGAUUUUUUCCAAACUAUAAGAUAA